UAAAUUUUUUAGCUAUAUCACCCAGCCCUACUACCCCAAAUAAAAAGACAUAGGCUGAACUUCACUGCAGACAAAUCAGCAUGAUCAAAAACUUGUGAUUGUAUUUUUUCUUCAAAUAACAAAUCAAGAGAGUAGGGGUACAACGGAUCACAAAAUCCAUGGUUCGGAUCAUAUUAUCAGAUUCUGAGUCACAGAUCGGGUCAUUUUUCAGAUUAGCAAAAACAAAACAAAAGUGCUUUAUUAUUUAAAGAACACUUUUCACAGCAAAAACGAGUAACAACUAACAAAAGUCAAACAUUUUUAAAGACAAGUGGACAAUCGGUAAUAAAAUAAGAAUAAAUCAACAAAAUACAAGCAUAGCCCAGAUCAGGGGUUCUCAACUCUGGCCCUCGAGGUCCACUUUCCUGCAGAGUUUAGCCCCAAACACAUUUGCCUGUAACUUUCUAGUGAUCCUGAAGACCUUAAUUAGCUUGUUCAGGUGUGUUUGAUUAGGGUUGGAGCUAAACUCUACAGGACAUUGGACCUCGAGGGCCAGAGCUGAGAAACACAGGGAAAAAGUCCUGCUGAGAUCCUAAUACAAAGAUGGCGGUUAUUAAAGAGGAGAGUGAAGAUGUGACGAUUGAAGACACUUUCAGAGUCAAACAUGAAGAUACUGAGGAACAAACAGACCCGAUGCCACUGAAAGAGGAGAGUCGAGAACUGGAUGAAAUGGAAGAGAAAUAUCAGUAUGAGAAACAGCAUGCUUUCAUAACUGAAGAAAAAUCUAAUAGUUGCUCGCAGACUGAAAAGACCUCACGAAAAACAGUUCAGAACACUGAGACCAGAAGUAAAUUCACUUGCCAACAGUGUGGAAGGAGUUUCACUGAAAAAGGAAACCUUAAAGUCCACAUGAGAGUUCACACUGGAGAGAGGCCUUACACGUGCCCUCAGUGCGGAAAGAGUUUCUCACGUAAAGGAAGCCUUCAUGCCCACACGAGAACACACCCUGGAGAAAGCCGUUACAUCUGCAAACUAUGUGAGAAGAGCUUCUCGCGGAGAGAAGGUCUUAAAGCCCACAUGAGACGUCACGCCGGAGUCAAGCCGUUUACAUGUGAUCAGUGUGGAAAUAAUUUCACACGCAAAGAAUCGCUUAAGUAUCACAUGAGGAUUCACACAAGAGAGAAGCGUUUUAAGUGUCGUCAGUGUGGAAUGAGUUUCAACGACAAAAAUCACCUUAAGAAUCAUGUAAUAACUCACGCUGGAGAGAAGCCUUUCAUGUGCGAUCACUGUGGAAAGACUUGCUCAAACAAAGCAAACCUUGAAAUUCACAGGAGAAUUCACACUGGAGAGAAGCCCUUCACCUGUCCUCAGUGUGGAAAGAGCUUCACAGCCAAAGGAAACCUUCAGACUCACAUACGAAUUCACACUGGAGAGAAGCCUUACACGUGUGCCCAGUGUGAGAAGAGUUUCACAUAUCAGAGAGACCUGAAACGUCAUCUGCCAACUCACUCUGGACAGAAAGUCAAGGAUACUGAGUGUUACAGGAAGGUUAGAAAUCUGAGCAAUUUGACAACUCACCUGCGCACUCACUCUGGAGGAAGACCUUUUAACUGUGCUCUGUGUAAUAAAAACUUUCUUUUGCCAACACACUUACAGAUACACCUGAGAAGACAUGCAUACGCGAGACCUUAUUUUUGUUCUUUGUGUGGAAAGAGUUUUAGAUGGCUUGGUAGUUUAAAAUGGCACCAGAAAAUAUGCAUCUGUGCAAAAUUAAUUUUGAUUGUAUAGAGGUGUUUGUUACAACUUUGAUUCAGUAUAAAAGCUCAAAAUCAAAAUAUUAGAUUACACAGUUCCAUCUUGCUGUGAAAUGCCUCACUAUAAAAUAAAUUUGUAAAUAAAAGGACAUAAACUGAAUGCAUGAAUUAAGAUUGCACUGCUCUGUUUGAUUCAGCUUUAAUGACAAAAUUCACGUUUUCAAUCUGGACCUGUCAUUAAGAUUUAAUUCUGGAUCUUAUUUUGUUAUGUUGCAGCCUUUUUCUAAAAUGCUUUAACUCCCUCCACCGACACUUUGAACUGCUCUUAGUAGUACAGGAACAGAUCAUGAAAAGCUUAAACAGAAUGAUAGGUGACUUGCUUUUUGUUAUGAAAUAGAUUCAGAAAAUAUAGCCGCAAGUGGCGAUCAUUGGGUCCAAGCACAAAUGGCUUGUGUAGACUAUAGUUAUACAAUAGAGCUCCGGAGGUUGACGUCACGCAAUCUAAACUCAAUAAAAUGGUAACAAAAAGCUAACCAGCACAACUAAUGGGCAACUAAUCACACCCCAUUUGGAUAUUUUUUAAUGUCUGGGAAAAAAAUUGGGAUUAAACGGGUUAAGAUUUCAUGACAUUUAUGAUGCUGUAGUGAAUUUUACUUUCCCCAACCUAAGGAGGCAAAAGUGUGUAGUGAUGGGUACUCGCAUCACAGGUGACGUUAUGAUUUUGGAUCACGUGUAACUUAAGAUGUGGUUAUGAGUACAAUCACAUAAGAAAGAUUGGUAGGAUAGCUAACUUGUAGAACCUUUACUGCAUUAUCAACACAAGGAAGACACAAGUGUAAUAAAAUAAAUUUUAGUAACAAAAGAUAGACUAGAGUAAUCAACUACUAAAUGAAUACCAUGAAUGGAAGAGAAAUAAGAUACAUAAAAUGCAAGUGAUUAUGUUGGGUGUUUCCAUGUCAGAGCUACCGUAGCUCUGGAAACAAGGGCAGAGUCGACAGGGCAGUAAGCCAGGGCAGAGCAGGUGGAGCUGACGAACUCUAGGGCGGAGCAGAGGUCCACCAGCUCAGCUACGUUAUCUGGAAAGAUAAACUGUUGCUAUUCUGAAAGAAAUAAUGUGAAGAACAUUAUUAUGCAUCAGACAAAUACAUGAAAGAUUUGCUAUAAACUGCAAUCAACUAUAUAACAUCCAAUGUCAAUUAGAAAAAUCAUAUAUUGAUAAUACACAACAAUGCCAAUGUCUCUGGAAGAGGUUUGGAUAGGUAAUAGUUAUGUUCUCUGUGGUGAGUGAGCAGUCAAAGGUACCUUGGAGUGAAGGAUUGUUUGCCGGAGCUUAACCUUUUUGCAAAUGUCUGUGUCUUCUGCCUCUCUGGGCUAGAGACCCAGAAUUUGAUCGAUCCGCUUUGUCUCUCUAGGAUGGAGACUCAGGACGUGCUGCAUCUGUUGUCUCACUGGACAAAGACUCUGAAGUCUGAGCAUAGAUUAUCUCUUUCCUCACAGGCUGGAGGCUUAGAACAUGGUCGUAUCUGUGGCUGCCUCAAAGCUGGAGACUCAGGACUUGGUAUCUGUUAUUGCCUCUUCCCUCACAGGCCAGAGGUUCAGAACGUGUUGAUCUGUUAGUGUCUCCUGGACGUGCCAGAGACUCAGAACGGAGGUUGAUCUGUUGCGGCCUUCCUGGUAACAGGACUCGGACUCAGAACUGAGAUUGAUCUGCUAUUGCCUCACCCUUGCAGACAGGGGACUCAGAUCGUAGUUUCUGUUGCGGUCCCUUCCUUUGCAGGACUCAGACUCAGAACAAGGAGUGUCUUUUGGGAAGGUACCUUUAUCUCUUUCCAGUGAGGGGGGGGGCCACCCUUCUUUCCUCCUGUGGAACUUAUUUGCAUAGUCCAAACACAUAUUUAGAAAAGUGCCGCUAAAGUUUUACCAAUGCAUCAUUCACUUACCAAACCACAACCAGAAUACCUUUGGCAAUGUUACGAACACAUUAAGUCCAAACAUGAUGGAAGAAGAUUGAACUGUCAUGCAUGCAUUCAUUUGUGCAUCAACAGCUGAGUUCGUGUAAGAUGUUGCACUACACGUCGUUGUUA